GAUUAUUUCUAUUGUCAUUUGGAAUGGAUACUGGAUAGUUAAUUGUGAUAAUCUAAUAUUGAAUAACUCAAGACAUACUUAAUAAAUGUUAUGUUAAAGUAUUACUUCACAAUGACAACUGAAGUGGAAAGAUAUUUUUAGGUAGUGCAUAAUUUACAUAAAGUGACAAAGAACUAACAACACAGUUUUUUCAUAAAUAUAAAAGAACCAAAAGAAGAAACUAUGGAUCAAGAAAAUAUUCGGAUAGAUUUCAUUCAAAGAGAGAGAAAACGCAAAAUGAUUGGUAUUUUUGCCGGCAUUUUGUUUUUCUUAAUACUUGUUGUAAUCAUUUUUGUAUUUGCAUUUACUGGAAAUUCAACUUUGAAAUCUCCACCACUUCGUGAUGGAAAAUUCAUCAAAGCUGUUACAUCUUGUGGUCCUGUUGAAGGUGUUUUAGAAGAUUCAGCGUAUGCCUUCCGAGGUAUUCCAUACGCCGUGCCACCAUUGAAUGAAAAACGAUUCAAACCGGCUGAAUCACCCGAGCGACCUGAAGAUUGCUGGAAUGGUACACUGAAAGCGCAUAAUGCUGCUCAAGUUUGUUUGCAACUUUUAGCCAACGGUGCUUAUGAUGGAACCGAAGAUUGUCUAAAUCUCGAUGUAGUCACACCAUA